UGCAAGGAGAAGAAUAAAGGAGAAAUGAUCUGAGGCAAAGGAUUUGGACCUUAUUUGGAAAAUAAAACUGAAGCACUUUCAAACACACAGAAAACGACCCGGAAAACAGGACUAUUUAAACUUUAGAGUCCUACAAAAGACUUGUAUAAAUGUACAUGUAUGUUUGUAUAUAAUUUAAUUUUUGUUAUUUGAUUUUUCUGUAAUAGAGAUUCAGUGUUUUUUUGUUGUCAGCUUGUUAUGAAAAUAGAUCUGUAAAUUUUCUAAGGAUUCAUCUUAUAUUUGGUCAGUUGACAGCUGCAGGAGAGAGGGUUUUGUAAACUGUCGAAAAAUAGCUAAUAUAAUAAUGAUAACAUUUGUCAUUUUUAGUAGUUAAGUUGUGGAAAUCUAUUACACUAACACUCCAAGACUUAACAGAAGUUACUUGUUUAUAAAGAAAUUGUCCACAUGACUCCAUUGAUAAAAUAAGAUAUUAAAAAUACAUAAUAUGUUAGAGGAUAUUUUAUAAAUUUGAAAAGUUAAUGGAUAGUUAAAGUACACUUUUCAACAUAUUGUGGGACAGCUUUGUUUUCUUGAAUGUUUGUAACUUUUGCAAAAGGUGUAGAUGAAAAGGUUUAAAUACAUUGGUAACAACUGUGUGGUGUAGCAAGCAUAUAACAAGAUUAGCCUUGAAGAAGCUCUUUUUCUUUAGAUUUAUUGCUUCCUAUUAAAUAUUCAACAUUUACGUCAGUGAUUUUUUGAUAUGUUACUUUUGUCUUCCUGUUUCGUUUAAUUAUGCACACCAAAAUGGUCAUUUUGAAAUUGAAGGUGAAUUAUUCAUAGAGGUUUAACAGUUACUUUUUUAGGAUGAAUCUUUACAUGUGUAAUAAAUCGGUCUUUGUUGUCUGCUUGCAGAGUAGUCCCAAGCAAGGUCAUCCUGCAGUUUCCCGCCAACUCGUGAGAAGUUUAUCCAUGCCUACAUCCACACCAAAUAACAUUAAGGCCAAUAUCAGUAGUCUGUCGCCUGCCUUGUCUUCUACAACUAACACUCCCAUUCUGAGCACCCCUCAGAAACACUCGGUUGAUGCUACCUCCAAAGCUGUGGCAGCUCUUGUCUCUCCAAACAUAAUAUCUGCCCCUAAACUCUCCACCUUGAUGUCAGUAACUGCAACAGGUCUUCCUCAUAAUGGUGGAAGUAAUUCCCGUCCUCCAUCUCAAGGAUCAAGUCAAUCUCUUCCUAGUCCCAAGACUGUUAUAGCCAAUGUUAAUGCAGCUCAGUUCAUGGGAGUCACCCAACUGCAGUCGGUGGUUUCUACUGGUGAUCAGCCUUCAUCUUCCCCUCUGACAUCUUCAACGCCACCAUCAGGAUUAACAACCAUGGACAUGAAGCCAUCUUCACCAGCUUUUGUUGGUCAGCCCCCUGUUUUACAACCGGUAUUCAACCAGGGUCUUCCUGGCAUGGUGAACCUAACUUUUCCUACGGCUGCCAGAGGAACAGCCACUGCUGGCUCAAGGAGAACCAGUGGCACUUCUGCACCUACAUCAAGCACUCUACAGAACCUACAAACUAUUGUAGUCAAGCAGGAAGCAGGAGGGAAGCCUAAAUCUUCAGUUGCUACUCUUCCUAUCCUAGCUACAGGGACUGCAGCCAGUACAAUGAGAUCAGUGGGAAAUGUAUCUAAACCAAUGGUAGCUCGUCUGGUGUCGGGGUCUCAGAUGGUUUCCUUGGGCAGUCUAGUACCAGCCUCUGCUGGUCUAGUGACUAGCCAACCAGGAAUGGCUCCUGCUGGAGCUUCUACCAUUCACAUUCAAGGAAACAGUUUUGUUCGUCCGCUAGGAGCUGCAACUCAGCUUAAUGUACUUCAGACUAAUCAAUUAGCUACUGCUGGAGUUAAGUUAAACAGAUUGGCUCUGAUGACUCAAGGGACGAACGCAACAACAACGUCUCUCUCCCCAAAUGUCUUGAUUUCCCAGCCAAAGCUUCUAUCUGUUACUCAGGGGCAGUUGGGACUACUUCAAGCUGCUCAGCUUGAAGCUAUGAACUCUGCUACGCAGGUUACUCCUAUUCCUAUAGCCACAUCUCACAGUUCCAGUCCAGUGAAAGCAGCAAACUCUUCAGGGCCCUCUAGUGGUGUGGCCACUAGUCCAUUGCCAGGAAAGCCUUCUCAAACCCUUGUUAUGUCUCCCAAAGGAACAAAUCAGUUUGCAACUGGUGGUACCUCAGUUUCUUUAGCUCAGGGUUCAUCGCUACCCAGUGUAAUAUUUGCCACAAGUUCUCCUGGUUCUUCAUCUGCCGUAGUAUUUGCUUGCCAAGGAUCUCUAAAAACCACACAGACUUACAUGAUGGCUGCACCUGGAGCCCCUCCAGCUGUUAUAAUGGCCACUGCAGCCCAGCAAGGGAUUCGAGGAGCAGCUGUCACCCCUCUUAAUGUCAAAGCACUUCAAGGCAUCAAAGUCAUCCCUAUGUCUCAGACUGUAGCACCUGUUAAAGGAUGUAAAGGUCAGCCUCUGUUUGCUAGGAUCAUUACCCCCUCUGGUGGAAUAGCCCUCCACCCAACAGGUACUGUUACUGCUGGCUUAGGACAGCAAAUGACAGCUUCAGCAGCUGUUAGUAUUGUUCAAGGCCUUGGGCCUCUACCCAUGCAGUCAUCAUCAUCUCUUGUAUCACAGAGUUGCUCUCCAGGGAAAUCAACAGCUAUUACCCUUCCUGCAACAAUUAGCCAACCAUUAGUUGUUCAACCUACAGCCAGUUCUAGUGAUACUCCCACUACAUCUAGUUAAAGUCAAGCUUUCUAAAGGUUUAUCUGGUCUGUGAUUGACCUCAUCUUUCUGAAGCUAAAUGUUUUAUGUAAAAGGAAAUGUAAGAACUAAAAUUUAUUCACACUCCUAGUGAACUAAGAGGUUGAAAAACGUCUUUUCUUUGCUGUAGAAUUUUUUUUACUAGUAUUACAUCUCUCAUGUGAAGGAUGAGAUAAAGAAUUUAUGUAUUGAACUUUUAUUGUUAUUAAAUUUAUUUCUUUGAAUGUAAACACACAUUUGUUACACAUUUUGCUUUUUUUUUAUGCCAUGAGGACAAAAAUUGAAACAGCCUAGUUAUUUAAAGAAGUACACUUAAAAUUCACAAACCAGAAAGGAUGGCACCAAUACUAACAAGAAUCUAUGUUCUAAAACUGUGUAAUAACGGAAUAAACAAAGAGUAAAGAACUGAUGUUGGACAGUAUAUGAUUUUAUAACUAUUUCACAUACCUGAUCUUUGUAAGAAGCUUUCAUUUUGCAUAAAUAUUUUACGUAUCAGAUACUAAUUUUAUAGUAAAUCAUUUAUAAAACAAAGUUAAUAAACAUCUAAUUCUAGAUGUGUAGAUUUCAUUCAUAUUUUAAAGUUUAGAGAAGAAAAAUGUACAUUUUUCACAAUAUAUAUAUAUAUAAUAAUUGAGUUUUUAUGACAUUUUUGUAAUAUACACGCAAGUUUAAAGCAAGGUAUAUUUUUACCAAGAAACAUUGUUGUUGUACUAAAACAUACCACAAAACCAAAUGAACAUUAUUUUACAAACAAGAACUAGAUACGGAAUGAACAGUUCAGAGGUCAUAUAUACGUGUUUAAUAUCUGUGUAAUUUGGUCGAGUAAAUGUAAUUUAUGUACUGUAUUAAGUUGCCUUCAGAACUUUCUGUUAAAAUAAAGUAUUGUUAGUUCUUAGUUUUGUAAGAAGAAAAAACAGAUGUAUUGUGAUAUUAAAUGAAAUGAUUAGUUAACACUACCCAAACUUUGCUUUAACAGCUAUUUUUUGUUUUGAUAUGUUCAGCUGUAAGAAUCAGACAUUAACCAAAAUUACUUAAAAAGUUCUGUUUACUGAUGAUGUAAUAUUAAGAGUGUUUUGACUUAUUUACUAGAUAACAAACUCUGUACUCAGAGUAUAUAAGUUUAUUCUUGGAAUUUAAAAAUGGACAGAUUGAAAGAGUAAUUAAUAGUAUUUCAGUGCAGUGGAGGUGAAACCAGUAUUAAUAAUAUAUGUAAAGAUGAAUUACCUUUCUGUUUGAUAUGGCAAUUUUAAAUAUGUAUAUGUACUGAUGUCUAGUAAAAUCUGUGUAUAAAAUAUGUACAACAGUGACAUGUUUUAAACUACAAGUGAUUCAGGAACAAGCCACUUACAGAUAUGAUGUGUGAACACAUACUCUGGAUGAUAAAAAUGGGUCUAAGGAUAUUUUAUAUAAUGAAACUUGCUUUUAAAAGUUAUGGUGUACUCCCACCUUGAAAAAAUAUAUAAAUCUGAGUAAAGUAGAACUAAAAGUAAUGUACAUAUACGUAUAUACAGAUUUAUAUCAUCUGAGAAUCAGUUUUGAAAGUGGGUAAAUUUUUGUUACAUUUGGCAAGUACAUGUGGUUUUCAUCUCAAGUUUUUAAAACAACUAAAUAGGAGCCACACAACAUCUGGAAAUUCAAAAAGUUUGAAUAAAACAUUGGGAACUGUAGGACUUGAUCAUAGUAGUCUCCAAAAAAGUUACCCACUCUUGCUGUUCUGUCCAUAACUGUUCACACCUGAUGAUUCUGUGAACAUUACUGGUCUGUAGGUAAGCAUUUGAAUUAGCACCAAUAAAAAUCCUUCUCUGGCAUCUUUUAGGACUUGUUUUCUCUCCUGUACUGGUAGCAUGUUCAGCAUUUUGCUACCUUACACUCACAAGUAAUCUUUGAAU